UCCCUUCUGCACUAUUCACUCUCUUCUGCACUCUUCACUAUCUUGCGCGCAGCGGACAAGAUCACCACAAGCAGCACUUCUCUCAUCUCUACUCCCACAACAAACCCUCACAAGGUAGGCAAGACGCGUCCACUCUACCUUCCCUUGCACACAACCCACUCCCCUCUCACUUGUUGAGCUUUGUCAUUAAGGCGGGGGACCCCAGAGCACCUUUAUUCCACCCCUUUUCACGUGUAUACGUGGGUGUGCUUUAUAAAUGCAUAGAGUAUGGCAGCUAGUAUCAGUGCCAUUUCGUGUGUGUCGGCUUGAAGAAGAUUUGUUGCAGCACAACGGCAGCCAGGCGCAGUGCGACGGGUCCUACCACUGAACUACAUGUGGAUUCCUCACGCUGUGGAGGAUGAAGCAUUAGGCAUGUCGCACAUCAUUUAAUGUGUGCGGGGUGAGGGUAGGGCCUUAGAGCCACGAUCCAACAAUGACCCCCCGAGUGCUCCAUUUAGUGACACAACGACACACGCCCACUCUGGUAAUGCACUACCCCUUGUUGCUUCAUGUACAGCAUGCAAGCGCACCACUCCUUCUGCUCAUGAGUAUAGUGUGCUGGGGUCUUCUUUUGAGCCCAUACGGCGCAGCACACUGGCGAGCGGCAUCCUAUAUUUGCACAAUUUUCUACACUGUUGUUCUUCUUUCCGUUCCCACAUCAUGUUCUUGUGUGCUCCUUGAGCGCCAAGAUGGAAAUACGGAUGUUUGAAACCGGAUGGGUAGCUCGCUGUCCUUUUCUAUGUAGUUUGUUUCUCGUUUCUUUCUGUUCUGCUGAUUCUCAGUUCCCCAAGGCAAAACAAGAGG